CCCUCAGCUCUCAUUCUGCAGCCGCUGACCGGAUCAGACGCGUCUCACCCUCCUCUGGCCUUCCCUCUAACCUGACUUUAUAACCAAACAGAAAUCAUCAUGGGUAACGUCCAGCCUACCAUCGUCCCUUACGAGCAGUUUGAUGUAACAGCCGAUAUCAAGGCCCUGAGACAAGCCUGCAAAGGCUUAGGGACGGAUGAGGCAGCCAUCGUUGAGAUCCUGGCCAACCGCUCGGCUGCCCAGCGGACGGAGAUCAAACAGGCCUACUUUGAAAAGUAUGACGACGAGCUGGAGGAGGUUUUGCGUGGCGAGCUGACCGGGAGCUUUGAGAAGGCCAUCGUGGCCAUGCUGGACCCCCCUCACGUGUACGCCGCCAAGCAGCUACGGCAGGCGGUACAGGGGGUGGGGACGGACGAGGCUGUGCUGGUGGAGAUCCUGUGUACCGCCAGCAACCAGGAUAUCGUGAGUUACAAGGAGGCCUACGCCCAGCUGCAUGAGUGUGAGCUGGAGGCGGACAUCGAGGGGGACACCAGUGGGGAUGUGAGGAACCUGCUCAUCGCACUGCUGCAGGCGGGCAGGGAGGAGGGCUAUGAGGUGGACGAGGACCUGGCAGAACAAGACGCACAGUCUAUGUUUGAGGCGGGAGAGGGCCGGUUUGGCACCGACGAGUCCACCUUCACCAACGUCCUGGCCCAGAGGAACUACCUGCAGCUGCAGGCCACCUUCAAGGUGUACGAGAAGCUCUCAGGAACGGACAUCUUGGACACCAUAACGAGCGAGGCAACAGGCACCCUGCAGGACUGCUACGUCACCCUGGUGAGGUGUGCUAAGAACCCUCAGCUGUUCUUCGCGCGGCGCCUAAACGCGGCCAUGAAGGGCGCCGGGACGGACGAGGACACGCUGAUACGCAUCGUGGUUGGCCGCUCUGAGGUUGACCUGGAGACCAUCAAGGACAUGUACCUGGAGAAGUACGACGUCACGCUGAAGGACGCUCUGGACUCGGAGUGCGGCGGGGACUUCAAACGCCUGCUGAUGGAGAUCCUGCACUAAGCUAACGAGCUAACAUGCUAACUGUUCCGCCCUCCUCUGAACCGGACCUGAGAGGGGCUUUACGGCCCCACGGUUCAGCUUCGCUGCGCUCUCAUUUUGUCUGAUUCGCCUCCUUCUCCCUUGUCUGUGCUAUCUACUGUCACUUGCUCUUUCCUUUUAUUUGCCCUUAUUGAUGGUCUGAUGCCCCUCAACUAAUCCUUCUCAAUACAUCUGGCUUCAUUUACAGUCUGACCAUCUGUAUUUAUCCAGCACUAGUUUGGCCAUGAUACAGUCUAUAUAUUACACUAUAACACAUAAUAUAACAUGGCCCUUGCAUUAUUGUACAUUACACAGAACAAUUACAAAGCUUAAACGCUUGAGUUUAUGCACCCUUUAUAACUGGGCUGGUAGUAUACUCCAGUUCUGUGUAUCGGUGCUUGUAUGAAUCAGUAUUACUGACAUGUAAAGGGAUAAUGUGCGAUAUAAGACGCAGUCCAGUCGUUGUAUUGUGGCAUAUAACGUAGCCAAAUGAUGCUUCUGAAGGCCUGAUGCGUCUCAGGAAUAAAAUAAAAGAGAAUAGCUCUUGUCUA